CCUCGAGCUGGAUCAUCUUCAUCCACUAAACUCGACUCGCCUUUCGUCUUCCGAUCCGCCAUUGUUUUCUUUCUGCAUUAAGUUAUUGAACACACAUUCGUUUUCUAGCCACGGUCGCCAUUGACCCGGACUGUUGCGCUGGACGUGACGUGUUUUGUAGUUGCUUGGUUCUCACCCCCGGAUUCCUUCUCGUGACGGCCGCGUUGCAGUCCGUCUACACCAUCAGGCUACCGUGAGUUUGUCUGAUUUAUUCACAGCAUUUCUCGACGGCCUCAGCCUACUUCUUUUUCUCCUUUGUCCCUUCACCACCCACACUGAUUUCACGUUCUCUUACCUGUCACUCCGAAACAACUUGUCUCCUGCGUGCAGCCACAACAGGCCCGGUCUACCUUCAAAACGAAACAACUACCCCAACCGAACACCUGCACGAGGUUGCCGAACAUCCCUUCAGUUCACAGCACUAGCUUUCCGAUCCGGUAGCCAUGUGGAAGCGGCUUCCUUUGCGCGACAAGGGCACCAAGGGCCGGCCAAAUCUUCAAAUUGGCUCGCCCACGCUCCUCGAAUCGACGUACGACGAAGCUCAGCUUGAUCGGGCGCAGAAUCUCUCACCGACCGAAGAACCUGCGCUCUCUCCGGGCGAUGCCUACUACAACGCUGACAUACGCCCGUCACGCGCUCGCCAGGACGUCGAAAACCAGCUGAAGGUGCCGGCAAUGGAUGUCGGAAAGAGAAGGUCUGAGGAUCCGACAUUGUAUCGGCCCUCUGUUGCUGCCUCGUCGGUGUAUUCGCAACCAGAGGAACGCGUCUCCCCUCCCGCUUCGCCUUACAGGCGCCCAGUUCACGACGAUGGCCAAGUCUCGCCCAUUGAAGAACACUCGCCCUCGGGUUUGGAGACUUCCAGGCCGAGCAGGAGUCAGAUUCCUGUCCCGCGAAAGGCCACUCCACGCAUGAAAGAAUGGACUCAAAACGUCGGCAAGGGUGCGCCCAUGAUGUGGGACGACUACUCCGGAGAGCCGACUUUUGAUGGCGCCGGCAAACCCUCUCAAGUCAAACCAGGCCAAUUCGAUUUUCGCUCGGGACUGAAGCCCGUAAAGAAACUCGAAAAUCCGAUCUCACCGUCAAAUGAGGCCCAGAAAACCAGCUUUAAAGAGAAGGCUUCCCGACUUGCCAAGCAAGGACUCAGUGUUGACACGCGACCUCCUUGGAAGGGAGGUUCUGGGCGCCAUGCGAUAGUUGAUGCUCCGCAAGACAAGCCAGGGCAACCAAUACCACAACCUCGCCGGCCAGAGGAGAAACGUGCGAAGAGUCCAGGGCAUGAUCCGUUAAAUAGUGCCAUCUCUCCAAAAGUGCCAAAAGUGGCGUCCCCGCCUGAAACUCGACAAGUCACAGCCUCACCCACGGCCCAAGCGUAUCCCGGGAACGGCUUAAGUGACAUGUCAGGUCACAAUGCUAAUGCAGAACGGCAGGUCUACGGGUCGGUUCCUGCAGGCCCACCAUUGCAGCAUUACAGUUCUCCUAAUGCCUACCCUAGCCCACCCCCAGACCGCAAUGUUACUCCCGUAAAGGACUAUCCCUACUCACCGAACCCUACCGCAGACCAUUCUUCUGAUCAGCAUCCUGCUCUACGAGAGGUUAAUUCAACUCUUGAAAUAGACGCAAGCCAAAGGACACCACCUCGAAGACAACGAAAUAGUUCAUAUUCCAAAAAGAUUCAAGAGUCUCCAGGCCAAGAACCCGGUAGCCACUUUAGUUGGACCACUACAGCUACUUCGGUGUAUCAGCACAGCCCGCCACCAAGUCCGCCGCCUCCAAUGCCGACCAAGUAUGUAGACAAUGCCUCACCAUCGCCUAAUGAUAAAGCGUCCAUACUAGAUCGCGGUCACCCAACCCGACGUCUUGGUCUUGGAGACUCGCCCGCGACCCCAAUGAGCGGUCAACGAUUCAGUAUUGGAAGCACAACGCGGAAGCCCGUCGGAUCUGCGCCAGCUGUGCAGCCACCAUCGCCCGAACCAGAAGUCAUCAAACAGCAAUUCCCCUUGACGGAUUGGCGCACCGGUAGAGGAAACAAAACCGAGCGUUCAAAUUCCCUUGCGCCUUCUACGCAGAGCAGCGGUUCCUCACCCGUGGGGAAGUCGCUUCCCAAGACUCCACAAGAGCUUUCCUCCUCGGACCUCAUAGCGUCGAUACAAGCGCAACAAGAAGACCUGUCGCUGCAGCGCAGGAACAUUCAGCGCGUCAUUGCAGACUUGGAGAAACCGGAGGCCAGGAAUCCUAUAUAUAACAGCUUCAAGGUUAUCCGUGAGCGAGAAAAGCAGCUGGCAAGCCUGAGACUGGAGUUGGAUGACGUGAUAAGAAAGGACCAUGAGCUUGGUAUGCGACUACAUCGGGCGUGGAAGAGAAAGGAGCGCGACGAUCCGAAUACGCCUGGCUCGAUAUUUUGGGUGAGACGGGCAACUGCGGGCAUGUAAUGUUUUGGGUGUUUUUUUUGCUAAGUGUUUGAUUCAGGUCAAUACGUUGUCGACGAGUCGUUUGCGUUCCCACAAGGCAUGAAGAGACCGAAUAGGAUCAUGGUGGCUGCGUGAGAGCAACAACCGUUGCUGAGUCUCACUUUGACAUGCCCUGCGAUCCAAUUAGGUGGGCCAUGCCUCUCCCCCGUUCGAGUAUGCCCCCAAGCUGCUUUUGCUUUCAUCUUUGCGGUUCUGAAGUUUUUGAGCACUUUUGCGAGGAGUUGGAAGGAGACUAGCGCACGAUAUCCAAGGAGGCGAUUGAAGAGCGCAUUCGCAUAAACAAACUUUACAAAUCUGCUCUUUCAGCCAGCUUUUUAUUGUUUUAGUUACGUUGUCCAGGACAACAGUCUUUUCAGCUUAUUACUUCGUUUGUAAAAUGGCACGUACGUUGCUCGGCCAAUUCACGUGUCUCGAAAGUGUUUUCUCAUUUUGCCAAACCAGUUUGCUCAGCCCACCGUUGGUGUGCUAUCCUCAUCUAUGUGGAUUCCAAAUUGUUUCUG